AUGGUGCCGCUGGGCAAACUGGUUAUAAUCAAUGCGGCACCAAAGCUCACCCAGACAGCCAUUGCCACCAAGGAUUUUUGUAUCUUUGCACCACCCAGACCCCUAGUCGUGGGUGAUGCCAAACGCAUAUCUGUCUCUUACUGCUCAAAAGAUGGCUAUGGAACUCGUCUGAUCCCGCCGGGAACCUUCAAGAAUCUGCACUUUGUUCGUACUCCACAUUAUGUACAAAUUACCGCCCUUGGUAACUUCACCAAAGUCAAUGUACCGGCAGGCAACGAAGGUGGCGAGUUAGGGCUGACGGUCACGGAAACCCAAUCGGCGCCCUGGUCUUCGGCGAGCGGGGCCAAUUUAACCAUUGGACCGAAUUCAUUGCACAUGAUGAAUUUUGCAUCAGAGCUUGCUUUAAUACACCGGAGUCCCCCCGAUUUUGCCAACACAUAUAUGACUUGGAAGGAUGUCGCUGGAACAUGCCUGGUAACUACAACGGCACUGGAUUUGACGAAUGCGAAGGAAAAGAUGUCCCUCUACCAAUGGGUGAAUACCGCCGAUCUGACGGUUCAAUUUUCACCUGGCAACGGGGCAAGUCACCUCAACCUCCAAAUGGUGCCCCUGUGUUCACCCCCCUGGUUUGAACUACUCAAGAUCUGUAGGAUCCGCAACCAACAAUUAGCUUUUGAUCGGUUACUUGUGGACAAACUGAUUGUCGUAUAUGCGCGGCUUUAG